UAUUGUGUUGUUGGCUUUUUAAGUGCUUUAUUAAGCCUUUAAAAAAACACAUUCCAUCACUUUCAAAAGAUUCUUUUUUCAGAUCUGUGGUAAAGUUAUAUUUUAAACCCUUUGAAACAGCUAUAUUAUCUCUCACUUAUGUAGCUCACAUUCUGUUGUCUGAUUUUUUGUUGGAAUUUGCAAAUGCAUAUAUUUAACUGUGUUUGUAGUAUUUUAUUGUACAAAUCUGUUUCUGAACCAUCUUGGGAGAUAUUAGUACGAAGUGUGACUAUAUAUAAAUAGCUAUCUGAAUAAACAUGGUGCAUUAUCAGCUAUAGAUCCAAGGUGGCGUAUUGAUUUCGUUGUCGGACUUUGACUCCUGCUUUGGCUAUGAAACACUCUGGGUGACUCUGGGAAGGCAAUGGCAGCAACCGCCUCAGAAACAACUGGGAGGGAGGCACACAACAACAGCCAGCUCUUAGUACAUACUUGGAGUUACAAGAGUCACUGAAUAUAAUGGGAUAGUAAUUGCUGAAUAACAUCCAUAGUAACCAAAGGGUGGCUUUUAAGUCCAAUGGGGCUGCAAUCCACUCUUGAAUGUCGACCUUCUCCUUAGGGAAGCUUUGCAGAAACACUAUGACCUACAGCUCAAAGACAGCUGCAUUCCCGGCCUCCCUCCAAGUGACAGUUAAUAAGUCAAGCCUAAUAUUCUGUGGAGGCCAAUGUCUCUCAAGGACUCUACAAGCGUUUUGCAGCCGUCGACUGUCUGGAAGAAGCUUUAAACCAAAGCGCGGCGUGAGGCGAUCAAGAAGCGGGUUCCCUUCGGGACAAGCAUCCUUGGCUCCGUUUUAUUGCUAAUGCCCUGCCGUUCUUCCUGAAAGAAGAUCCAGGAACGAUGAGGGAAUCGCUUCAAUAAGGCCCUGGCGGCCUUUCUCUCUGGCGGACGAGGCAGUCCAUUAAGGAGCGAUGAUGGCGGACUGCGGCCGCUGGAACUCUUCCUUCCUCCCUCUGGCCGAGGGCUGCUAUGGGAUUCUGGGAGCUGGAGUUUCUUCUGGGCCCAGAGCGGAGCCAGGCUCCAACGCCCAGAAUCCCAUAGCAGCCCUCAGCCAGCGGAAGACGAGUUCCCGCGGGGCUGAAGAGGAGGAGGAGGCGGCCGGCGGGGGCGGGGGCGGCGAUGGAGAGCGGGGGCUCCUCCUCGUCGGCCUGGAAGGGCGGGAGCCCGCUGGGCUCGCGGACCUUCCGGCUGGUGCUGCUCCGGCGGUUGCGUCCCCGCCGGGAGGGCAGCCUGGCGGCGGCGCUGGCUCAGGCCAUGGCGCUGGCGGUGACGGGGACGGCGGGGGCCUACCCGUCCUGGGUGCUGGUGACGCGGGGCGAGGGCCAUCCUGAGCCGGGGGAGCUGGUGCUGGGGGCGGCCUGGGCCUUCACGCGGGACGACCCUGCCCCCGAGGCGCCGCUGCUGGGCUCGGCGGGGGGCCCCCUGAUGCUGGCCAUGGCCGCCUGCUGCCUGCUGGCCGUGCUCUCGGGCUCGGCGGCGCUGGCGCUGGACUUCCUGGGGCAGCGGCGCUGGCGGCUCCUGGCCCCGCUGCUCCACGGCUUGACGGCGGUGCUGAUCGCCUGCGCGGCGGCGCUGGGCUCCUGCCUGCUGGCGCUGGUCCGGGGCCGCCUCCAGGCGGAGCCCGAGCUGCGCUCGCUGGGCUUCUCCACCAGCCCCGGGCAGAGCCUCUUCCUGGCCUUCCUGGCCUGCGCCUUGGCCUCCACCGCCACCGGCCUCAGCUGCACCUCCCCGGCCCGAGUCGAGCCCGCCCGGUCCUCCUGGGACUUCGGCGCCGGCGAGGAGCGCCACUCCGCCGCCUUCUGCCAGUACGCCUUCUCCUCCAGGCGCCGGCGCCGCGGGGCCCCCGAGGCCUACGACGACGACGACGACGACGCCUCCUCCGCGGGCAGCGGCCACGUCCACUGGAGCCAGGCGCCCGGAGACACCCCGGCCCCGGCCCCGGAGGAGCAGGAGGAAGGGCCGCCGCAGGAGCCCCCCGCUGCAGAGGCCGGGGGAAGGGGCUGGCUCCAGAGGUACUGCGACUCCGCCUGGAGGCUCCUGGGGGACCUCGCCUGGAACCUCGGCCCCGGAGCUGCCCCGCCGACGCCCCCCGAGGAAGGAGACCGGCAGCAGGAGGGCUCUUCCCGCUGGACAGACGUCUAAGCCCCGCCGCCGCCGCCGCCGCCUUCUCCCUGCGGGACAGUUCUCCACAACACUCAGGAACCACAAAUCACAAGCUACCAACAACAACAACAGUCGCCUCAGAAAUGGCCCCAGGAGCCUGGAGCUCUCACAGAUCGGGAGCCAUCAAACAUCGCCUCAGGAACCCGAAGAGUCUGAGGCUGCUGCUCUGGAAGAAGAAGAAGAAGGGCUGAGGAGACCUGGCCAGGAUCUGGGCCCAGCUCAGCUGACAACGUUGUCUCCCAAGAAGUGUCUAAACCCCAAAGCCCAGUGGCUUAGCCUUCCCCUCCAUCCCACCAGAAACAGUUCCUUCAAGACUACUCUUCUUUCAGUCAGGCACUUAGCAUUUUUAACCCAAGGAAAUCCUGAAAUCUCUGAACAAGCCAACCUUGGAAAGAAACACUAGUUUUCCCUUGCUCUGCGUGGCUGUCUGGUUGAAAGCCCAUGUUCAAUGUGACAGGAAUCCCCAUAAUCCCCAGCAUUGACUGGGCUUGCUGGAGUUUAUGGGAGUUACAGUCCAAAACACCUAGAGAGCAGGAAAUUGCCAACUCCUACACUAUCAACCCUUUCCCUUACGCUUGACACUAUCCACAGUUAAAACUAUCUACUCUAAAGCAAAGUGUUUGACACUAACCUUUAGACCAUACUGCCUAUACUAACCUAUACUGCCCUUUAUCUCUGGCCAUUUGGAACAGGAUUAUUAAGAGCUGUAGGCAUCUGAAAGGCCAGGUUUCCCUAUUCUGAGGCUGUAAGUCUUCUAAAAAGGGAAGAAGAGGGGGAGAAUUAAAGGCAGGCAUAAACUCCUCAUGCAGACCCAAAACAGUAUUUUAUUAAACACUGUUCAAAUCUUAGCAUGUUAAAAAUGUUUUCCUUGCUUUGUUUGCAGGAACUUCAGUUGUGUUAAGCCUAAAUUUUAAAAAGAUGUUUGUUUUCAGUUUAAGAAGCUGCCUGCCUUCUGUAGUACUACAGUCAAAGGAAUCUGUGGAUCUGCAUUGGCAGAAUGUAAAUAUGUGUAAGUUAGCAUUAUCCAAUUGUUAAACAUCAUACAUCUUUCCUAUAGACUAUGCAAAUUAAGUGACACCAAAACACAAAUGCAAACAGCUCCAAAAUAGGAGAUUUAGAAAGGAAGAGCUCCAUAAAAGAAUUAAAUGCUAUUCAUACUAUCCAUUCACUUUUCUACUCUGCUACUGAAUUCUGUUAUUUCUCCUUAUAUAAAUAAAAUGGUUUGCAUUCAGCCAAAAAUUG